AUGUUACGAGUAACAGUUUUGAUCUUACUCGUGAUAACUACGUCAACUAGUGGACGUACCCUAAAACGUGAUAGCAGUGGCUUAAGGCAGUUUCCCGAUGGCUUCCGUUUUGGCACUGCGACUGCAUCUUACCAAGUUGAAGGAGCUUGGAAUGUUGAUGGUAAGACUGAAAAUAUUUGGGAUCGUUUGAGUCACACAAAACCGUGCGUCAUUAAUAAUUGCGACACAGGUGAUGUCGCGGAUAACUCAUAUUACAAUUACAAGAGAGACGUCGAGAUGAUGAGGGAACUAGGAUUGGACUUUUAUAGAUUUUCAAUUUCCUGGUCCAGACUACUCCCAACCAGUUUUCCCGAUUCCAUAAACGAUAAAGCAGUUGAUUACUAUAACAACUUAAUUAACGAAAUGUUAAAAUACAACAUUGAGCCGAUGGUAACAAUAUACCAUUGGGAUUUACCACAAAAACUACAAGAUCUCGGUGGAUGGACUAACCCCAAUAUAGUCGACUGGUUUAGUGACUAUUCAAGAAUUCUUUUUACUUUAUUUGGUGAUAGAGUAGGUACAUGGUUUACUAUAAACGAGCCAAGAGAAGUUUGUUAUCAAGGCUACGCUGCAAGUUCUAAGGCCCCCAACUUAAAUAUUACGGGUUAUGCUGAAUACCAUUGUGCAAAAAAUUUAUUGGUUUCUAAUGCAAAAGUUUAUCAUAUGUAUCAUGAUGAGUUUAGUGGAAAAGGCGGCAAAAUUGGAAUUGUCUUCAGUUCUCGUUGGCUCGAACCUGAAUCGAAGGAUCACAAUGAAGCAGCUAACGACGUUCUACAGUUUGAAUUGGGGCAAUACGCCCAUCCCAUAUUUUCCGAAAAUGGUGACUGGCCGCAAGUGAUGAAGGACUACAUAUCAGCGAAAAGUGCAGCGCAAGGAUUCUACAGAUCACGGCUGCCACAGUUUACUGCUGAAGAAGUAGCAUUAAUUAAAGGCUCGUCCGACUUCUUUGGACUUAACCAUUAUACAACAUCAUUGGUCUAUAGGAACGAAUCUUUAGAUGGUCUUUAUUCUUCACCUUCUUAUUACGAUGAUAUGAAUGCUGGUCAAUAUCAGCCCUCUAAUUGGGUUGGUUCGUAUCCUGGUACUACGUGGUUAAAGGUAGUACCUUGGGGCUUCCGCAAACUUUUAAAUAAAAUCAGAGAGGAGUACGGCAACCCCCCCGUUUAUAUAACUGAAAAUGGUUGUGCAACUGGAGUUGGUUUGAUGGACGAUAAUAGAGUGGCAUAUUAUAAAGCAUACUUAGCUUCUAUGAUGGACGCAAUGGACGAAGGAUGCGAUGUACAGCUUUACACUGCCUGGAGUCUCAUGGACAAUUUCGAGUGGUAUUUUGGAUACGACGACCGUUUUGGCUUUUACGAAGUAGACUACAAUGUUGAAGGGCGUACACGAACUCCACGCAAGUCUGCCUAUUUCUACAAGGAAUUGCUGCGUACGCGCCGUCUUGAUUCUAACUACGAUCCAGACACAGUAAUCAUAACAGUUGCCUCUACAAAUAGAGCUGUUUCUGGAGGCAAUGUUCGAACAUUCCCUAAGGAUUUUCUUUUCGGCGCAGCAACGGCGGCUUAUCAAAUAGAAGGAGCUUGGAAUGAAGAUGGUAAAUCAGAAAGCAUUUGGGAUCGCAUAAGUCACACAAUACCAUGUAUAGUGAAAAACUGUGAUACGGGUGACAUUGCGGCAAACUCUUACCACAACUACAAGAGGGAUGUUGAAAUGAUCAGAGAACUCGGAUUAGAUUUUUACAGAUUUUCUAUUGCUUGGACAAGAAUACUUCCUACAAGCUUUCCCGAUAAAAUAAAUCAAGCUGGUGUAAACUAUUAUAAUAAUUUAAUUAACGAAUUAUUGAAAUACAACAUUACACCUAUGGUAACCGUAUACCAUUUUGACUUACCUCGAAGACUAGAAGAUCUCGGUGGAUGGACCAACCCAAAUAUAGCAGAUUGGUUUUCAGACUAUGCUAGAGUAAUUUUUGAAUUAUUCGGAGAUAGAGUUAAAACAUGGUUUACCAUAAAUGAGCCGCGAGAAAUAUGUAUUCAAGGCUAUGGCUUACAAGUAGCUGGCACUUCAGAAUACAUUUGUAGCAAAAAUAUGCUUCUAGCUCAUGCUAAAGCUUACCACAUCUAUAACAAGGAAUAUAGACCAAAACAAGGCGGAACUAUUGGUAUUGUAUUAAAUGCCUUUUGGCAUGAACCUGAAACCGAAAAAGAUAUAGAAGCAGCGGAAGAUAUGAGACAAUUUGAUCUUGGGCAAUAUGCUCAUCCCAUUUUCUCGGAAACAGGGGGAUGGCCUCAAGUAAUGAAGGAAAGAAUAGCAGCUAAAAGCGCAGAGCAAGGAUUCUUUAGAUCACGACUACCGGAUUUAAGUCCCCAAGAGGUGGAGUUAAUCAGAGGCACUUCUGACUUUUUUGGUAUCAAUCAUUACACUACAACAUUGGUCUAUCGAAAUGAUUCCGUUCAAGGGUACCAUAAUUCUCCUUCGUACUAUGACGACGUUGGAAUUAUUUCCUAUCAGCCAGAGACUUGGGAAAGCACGCGAGCAUCCUGGCUUAAGGUAGUUCCUUGGGGCUUUUACAAACUUUUAAAUAAAAUUCGUGACGAUUACGGAAAUCCUGCAGUGUAUGUAACCGAAAAUGGUUGUUCAAGUGAACUUGGGCUCUUAGAUGACCAGAGAGUUUCAUUGUAUAAAAACUAUCUCAGUGCUAUGUUGGACUCAAUUGCAAAGGGUUCAAACAUUCGAGCUUAUACUGCGUGGAGUCUUAUGGACAAUUUCGAAUGGCAUAUGGGAUACCAUGACAAUUUCGGUAUAUACGAAGUAGACUUCGAGAGCCCGGAACGCACCCGAACUCCUCGGAAAUCAGCGUACCUAUAUAGGGAAAUUGUGAAGUCUCGCAGACUUAACAUGGACCUCAAAGUAGAUAUGACAGUUCCUAUGAAAGCUGAUUAA